AUGGCCUCAAAAUUUAAAUUACCCAAAUUACCUUCAAAAAAAGCAUUAGCAUUUUUCGGUACCUGUGCUGGUAUAAUUUCAUUAAUCUAUCGAGAUAAUAAAUUAUCAGAUGAAUAUAAAUCUCGUGUAGAAAAAAAAGUUUCUCAUUUAUCUUUGGAACCUUUAAAUGUACAUGAUUUACCUAGAAGAGUGACUGUUUAUUUGGCUCCCCCCUUAGGCGAUGAUAUACGUAAAACCAAAAUACACUUUCGUGAGUAUGUAAAGCCCGUGCUCAAUGCUGCCGCUUUGGAAUAUGAUAUCGUAGAAGGUACACGGCCAGGGCAACUUCGUUCAAUAGUACGAGAAGCAAUAAGAGAAAAACGCAAAAAAGAAUUAUCAUCAUCGCAGCAACAAUCACCUUUAUCAAACCAAUUAUCAGAUUCUGACCAACCUUUUAAAAACAUAACAUCUUCAAAACCAAUUGGUAGUGGUACUAUAAUAGUAGGUAGAGUAAGUUUUGUUGAAUAUUUACAAGGAUUAAACGAUGGUUGCAUUGCUUCUUUAGAAGAUCCUUCUCCUGAGCAAUCGAAACCUGAUUCAAAUGCUUCACAAGAUUCAUCAAAGGAUGAACAAGUCUCACAAGAAAAUAUUAAGCAAAAUGAUGACAAUGAUAACAAAUCAGAAAAACCAAUUGAAUUCAUCAUUAACGAAGAUGAAUUUUCUGUACCAGAAUUAGAUUCAAUAGGUUAUGUUCAAUUUUAUAAUAGAAUUGGUUGGAAAAAUAUUCCUUUAAGGCUCUAUUAUGCUUUUAAUUCUUAUAAAGAAUUUGAAACAGCUGCCGAAGAUGCGGUGAAAAUAGCUUUUGGAAAUACAAGAAAAUCGAAAAAAGAUGAUUUAAAUCUCGGUAAAGAUGAAGAAAAGUUUUUUAAAGGAACGUUAGAUGAACCAUCUUUAGAUGAGAGAAUCCUUUUAAAGCUAACAAUGUAUACAUAA